AUGGUGUCGUACGUCGGUAAUUGGUUCUACAUUGAGGAGAAGGAUUUGAUGGGGAACUUGAAAUGCAGUUUGGUAGCUAUGAUGAUAAGUGAAGAUCCUGAGGCAUCUGUAAAACAUUACUUUUAUCGCUUGCUUCCUAGACAAGAAUUGGCGAGCCAACGUGUUCACGAAACGGAGUGCAUUUUUAAAAUAGAAGACACAGACUUAAAGAACGAAGGUGUAGAUGUGAUCGGUGCUGAUGCAGUUCUUUCUGCGAGUGCUUCACCGUGCCCUCAGGUAUGCUGUUUGAUUUUGCAGAGGUGUCCUUUGUCUGCAGGGUUAGGUCUGCAUUAUCUGCAUGCUUUUUCCCGGCGUGCACUGAGACCGCAGUGCUGGCAUGCAGUGGUCUGGCUAGUUAAUGUUCAUUCCGGUAACAUGGGUUUUGGAAACCCAAGGCUUAAAGAGCUCAUGAUGAUGUUUUCUAUUUCGCUGAGCACGAGACGUAAGGCUGAUGUUGCUUUGGCCUGUAAUUAA